AUGCUGCAAGAGGACGGCGACGCAGCCGCUCUCCCCGUCGCGGAGCGCGCAGACGGCUGCAGCCGCAAACGAGACUUCACCCCUGAGGCCGAAGGCGACGAAGCGGAGCAGGAAAGCAGAAACGGAGAAGCAGGCGGCGACAACGCCGCUGCAGGGAAGGAGUCUCGAGAGCGAGGUGCGGAAAGAUUCGCAGGGGGAGAACAUGCGGAAGUCGCGCGAGGAGACAGCGUGCCCAGCGAAGGCGACGCCGUGCUGCAGGCUGCCGCGCGCACGCUCGAUGAGAAGCUCUUCACGCCGGACUUCUUCCAGCACUUCUGGGAGAAGCAGCCGCGGCUUCUCCGCAGCGAAGAGAUCGAAAACAACCCCUUCACCGGCCACGCAUUCGUCUCCGAGGCAGACAUGGCCUGCAUGUGCUACCGCGGCGCGGUCGCAGAGACGCUGAAAGUCUUCAAGGAGGGCGUCGCCUUGGAGCCGCCGCGCGUGCCCUGGCUGGAGGAGCCUUCGCCGCUUCCGACGUACAGCGGCGGGUCGUUUUCUCCUUCCACGUCUGCGGCGACCUCAGCGGCGCCACAUGCGUUCACCGAGAGCGGUCGCCUGCUGCAGCCCGUCGCGCGCUACCUCGAUGGAUGCAGCCUGGACGUCUUCUUGCUCCAGCUGUGGGGGUGCAAGAAGUGGAAGGUGUAUGCGCCGCCGCAGGAACUUCCACUGAGCGACGAGAUGCUCGGCAAACGCGAGCCGUUUCCGCAGGAUCCCGGCGAGCCGCUGAUGGAACUUGUGUUGCGAGAGGGCGACGUCCUCUACAUUCCCAGAGGGUUUCCGCACGCAGCAGAGACGGCGGCCGAGCCUUCGCUUCACCUGACUAUCACGGUCCCCUCCGCAGAGUAUGCCUACGUGACGUGCGUUGAGCGCCUGGUCAAGCGGCUCAUUCUCCGCCACCGACUCCCUGUGGAAACCGAGCGGCGCUGCCGGUCUGCGCUGCUUCUCAAGGCGGUUCCGGGGCGCUCGCCGCAGGCAGAGAAGGAGCUGCGCGAGUGCAUGACGGAGUCUGCAAAGGGUCUCGCAAGGCUAGUCAGCUACGAAACCUUGGCGGCGUCGCUCAGCGAACAUCUGCGAGAAAUCAACGCGAUGCAGGCGCGGCAGUUUGCGCGGCUGCAGGCGUUCCCUGUAAAGGCCGCCUUCGCCGAAGACACCUGCGUGCGUCUGUCCCCCGGACUCACAUGUGAAUGCGAUGAUGGCAGCUGCGAGGCGACUUUCUUCAAGGGAACGCAGAGUCUUCGAAUGAAAAUCCACACGUCAGCGUCGAGGAUGAUUCGCGCGCUCGCCAGUAAAAAGCCACACCGGGUUUCCGAGCUGCCCUGCGACGAUGCGUUUGAGCGCCUGUGCGUCCUCCUCGUGUUGCACAGCAAAGACCUUGUCGAAAUUCUCCCCUAG